AUGCAUACACAGUGCGAAAACGCUCAGAGGGCGAGUCAACAGCCCGAGCACAUCGGACUUGCCCAAUUUAGUGAGGCGACAAAUAGAGACAAACGUUCGGUUUACGGGCGCCCGCACAAGUGCUACCAUACAUACUGUAACUCUACCAUCUACCCGCCUCAGACCGAUCCUCAGACCAGCAAGGACGGUGGUGCAUCGACCAGCACAAACAGCGGCGCGUUUACCAGCACGAACAGUGCGUCAAUGGGGCUGCGUCGGUGGACACAAACGACAGCGGAGUGUCAACAAAACACAAACGGUGUGUCACCGGGUACAAACAGCAGCGCGUCGACCAGUAGAGGUCGCGCGGACUACACGGGCGGUGUCAUGCAUACCGUGAUCAUCGAUGGCAUCGACUGUAGCUCGUACGCCCCCUCUUCCUCUUCCCAAAUGCCAUCGCUAACAUGUCGAUUCAUCGCAAAGACGAGUGUGUCGACAUCCAUGGGAAGCUGCACGAGGGCUGCAUCCGGUGCCCCGGGAGCCUGUGAGCCGUCGUCCACGCCCGGGAGCCGCCAUCCAUGCCUGGGAGCUGUUGUUCACGCCUGCGAGCCUGAGCCUGAGCUUGGCGAGCACAGCGUGGAGCUUGUCAGAUACGGCCUGCAUCAGCGUGGGCGCACGGGCUUGACGGAGUCGAUCUCGCGCAGGCGGAUGAGGCCUACCCCACAUCCUAGCUGCUGCGAGAGUCGCAUGAUCUCCGCUACUCCUUCGCGGGCCCGCGGCUGCUGCACCCCCUCGCCAUCAUGCACGCUCCUUCCGCAAGCCACGGGAAUGCUCAGCUGCGGGCCACUGCAGGUUCCUGAGUGCGCCAUACAGGUCGUAAAGGAGCACAAGCGCGGGACGAAGCACACGGAGGACGUCGAGGCCGAGCUGGUGGCGCUGCUCACGAGGGAUAUUGUUGGCAUCUGA